AUGCCCUGGCCAAAGCUUUUUGGUGCCAAGGCACCCCCAACCCAGUUUGCAUCACAGGCGCUUCGCCGAAUGCAACACAAGCAGCAAAGGUCGCAGCUCCAGAAGAUGAUGUCCAACCGCCAGCUCAGAUACGUCAGAGUCGAAAAUGCCGAUAUCCUGCUCUUUGGAACCUCACACAUUUCGAAGUCCGACCCCGCAGACAUUCGGGAUCUCAUUAAGAAGCUGAAGCCUCACAGGAUUUGCGUUGAGCUUUGCUACGAGCGACUGCCGGGGUUGCUGACAAGAUAUGGGGCUGAGGCUGUCAAGGAGCUUAAGCGUUUCCCAGACAUCAGCGAUCAAAAGGAUGAGUACGGGCUGAGCCCUUACGGCGCCGACAUACUGGCGGCGCUGCAAUGCGCAGCUAAGCAUCAUAUUCAGCAUGUGCUGAUUGACCGCCAGCAGUCUGUCACUGCUGCCAGGCUUGCUGCCAAGGUGCCAAUUAGCGAGGUGUCCACAUUCUGGUGCCUGAGGCCUUUCAGAUUCGCGAGAAACGUGGUGGUCACCUGCGCUGUGGUGUUGCCAGCCUUCAUUGCUAGCCUGGCUCUGCUUGUGUCAUUCUGUCUUCCGAGAUUUGUUUGGGUGAUACCAGGAUUGUGGUUGCUUCCAGUUGGUGCAAGUGAAUUCCUGCGGUGGCUCCUCAGGAGACUCAGCGGCACUCCAAAAGAGAAUUUGCAAAAAGCUUUGGAAGUCAUUGACCGGUUGGAGCAGGAGCGACAAGCCUGCCUGAGCAGCAAGUCUGAUGUCAAGCAGGCUGAGCUCGACGUCGAUACUGUCAUGAACGCAUCGGUCAUUACCACUGAGCGCGACACAUACAUGGCCUUCAAGUUGCAAGGCAUUGCAAGGGCAUCUCCGUCUGGGCUGGUGUUCGUGAUCGUGGGCAUGGGGCAUCUUGAUGGCAUCGAAACAAAGUUGCUGAGGAAGAUCAGCUCGAACGAGUUUGACAAACUUAGCAUGAAACCUGUGCUGUCAGAUGCCGACAAAAUUCUCAAAAGGCCAUUGCUGCGAAGCAGAGGAAUCGACCUGAAGAUCAUGCGCACAUUGCUGCAGUGGAAGCACAUUGGAGCCUGA